AUACUCCCAAACACACAUUCGCCAUGGAAGCGCAGCAAAGCAUUGACCUUGCAUCCUUCAAUUCCAAGGAUCACAAUGAUUUCCUCUGGCCAAUCAACUACAGUUACGAUCAUAUGCCAAAAGACCAACCACCCUUGCCGUCUCUGAUUGACGUUUCGUCUUUUCCUGAUCUCGAAGCCGAAAGCAUCAAUGUCAAGUCCGUCAUCGACAUGCUUACUACUCAGACUGAAUAUUCGAUCCCAAACAAUGACAAGCUCAACGCCAAUAGCAUUCCGAUAUUUCCUGUCAAUGCAAGACUUCCUUGGCAUUCUUCAAUCCGCCAUCUAAGACAGAGCAUGCAUUGGCAAACGGCUGUAGACGCAAUAAAAGCCUUGCUACAACACUUUGCUUCCGACCCAACCGCCACAACAACAAUGAAGGAGGGUGGAAGAUCCUUCGCAGCUGUUGCCGCUAAGGAGCUGCCAAUGAUAGAGGACAACUGGGCUCGCUUCAGUGCUUACCUGUGGCCAGCUGCAAGCGGGGACCGGCUCAAAAUCAUUGCGGAGACCCUUGUCUAUAUCUUCAUUUUCGAUGACGUAUGGGAGAUGAAUGGCGAAGACAAGGCACAGUUCGUAUCGAACCUCGAAGCACGCGCUCACUUCCCAGACGACGAAUCAGCAUCGGAUCUGCAAAAGGCCAUGAACGCCACUAUCCAAGGCCUGUACGACGAAGAUAGCAUUGCCGGCAACGGCGGCGUAGACGUAGCGAUCCAUCUUAUAAAUUUCAUAAACCACCCUCCUCCACCGGCUACCUUUGCCAGUCUCCGCGAAUUCCUCGAUUAUAGAGUCAUCGACGCUGCUGCCUUAUACAUUGUCGCAUGUGCAAAGUUCUCUCUCUGCUCCACCGUCGACCUUGACAGCCCGCGUAUCGCAAAGUUCAUCCGGCUGCUAUGCGAUCACGCAUCGAUUGUCAACGACCUGGGCUCGUUUGACAAGGAGAAGUACGCCUACGUACAUGGUAAGGUGUGCUACAUGGUCAAUACCGUCAACGAAGUGCGCAAGACGUAUGCCCUGGACAGCGACGAGGCAGCAAAGUUUGUCACGUUGGCCCUCCAGAUGGAAGUGGAGCAGGAAAUGGUGCGUGAGCUGGCCCGCCUGAAUACCGAUGCGAGUGUUACAGAGGCAGAGCGCGAAUUUGUGGAUGCUUUGAUGCUUUCGGCCACGGGCAGCAUCAUCACGUCGGUGGUUAUGUCGAGGUAUGGGGGCAAGGAGUAUGCCAUUGUAGCGCCGUAAAGUAGUUAGUUUUUUGUUUUGUUUUGAACCAUGUCAAACCUUUCAAACUAUGUUAUCACCGGAUAUAACAAUACAUGAGUAUACACAGGUUGCCACACCUAAAAGAAACCCCC